UAUAUAUAUAUGGAGAGAGAGAGCCUAAAUUACUUCGGUUGUCCAAAACCGAUUUUCUGUUCCAAACCCUUCCUGCCGUUCUCAUCACAAUCUGCAGACCCUGAAUCUCGUCUUCAAAUCGAUAGAUCUAUUGCCUGUUGCCUGUUCCAGUAAUUGUUUCGAAGAUGGGCUGCGAAAUAUCAAUAAAUUGGUUGAGAAUGCAACUUGUAUAUUGGUUAUCAGAAAAAUUACCCUACUACUUCAGAGAAAAGUACAACUACUACAGAGAAAAGUACAACGAAAACAUUGGUGAACUUUGGUUUUGGUAUGGAGUGGUGUCUGCUCUUGCUGGCAUGUGCUGCUUCGUUAAUAUAGAAGGCAUAAGGAAUGUUUUUGAGAGGCAUAUGAAUAUUGGAUCUACUAUCCUCCCAAUUGGGAUGAUGUUACACAUACAAAUUGUAUACGAAGCACAUGCUCGGCGUAAAUUCGGACAAAAUUCUAUGUAUGAACAUCAGAUUGGAUGCUUUGCAAAAUCCGCAACGUGUUUGCUCCAUCUAUGUGCACUUUUUAUUUUGUCACACUUGGUGGAGGAUAUCUACUAUGGCCUUGCAUGGAUAUCGUUUACUACUGAGUACUGUGUGUUUAGGGAGCUCCUCUAUGGUUACCGUGACUUCAGUUUAUGGGAUGCGUUACUGGAAGUUUUGAUGCAGAUUAUUGUGAUUUCUCAAAAGGACAACAACAUAUAUCUCAAGAUUGCAAACUUGAUGAUAUGUGGUGUUGUUGUUUACUACCGGCAUUGUUCCUAUUCACCUUGUUGCAACUCUCGGUCUUCAUCCCAGGAUCGCAGAAGGAAAAUGAAGUAAAUUAAGAUUUCGGAUAUCUCACAUGUUUUUUUUUUCCCUUCCUUUUGGAUUAACCCUUAGCGAUUGCAGAUGAUUUUACUCUUCUUGAUUCAAGUAGAAUAUGCAACCGAAUCUCUAAUUUAGGACUUCCUGUGAAUAUUUUCGAAUGAUGAUCUUUUUGUGUUGAUUUGGAUUUGUAGAGUAUCUGGCAUGAUUAUGGUUCA